CGGAACAAAUAAACCAGGCACAGCUCAGCAGUUGUAAAGGGCUUUUGCAGAAGUGUAAUUAUGCAAAACACAUCACGGGAAUGCAUCAAACAUAAAGCGGGAUCAUCUGAGGGACACUGAGAGCCGGACCUCAGUCCAUCUGUAAUGUUGCCGGGACCCAGGCGGAAACGAUGAUCGCAUAACAUUAGCCUGCAAUUCAAGCACCAGGAUUUUUAUUUAUUCCGUUUAACUAGUUUAUUAUUUUGGUGCUGCAGACUUUUACUGGUUUUUGUUAUUAUUUUUUAUUAUUAUUAUUAUUUUAUUUUUUUGACCGGGCUCUAAUAAUGAAAGGCUCCCACUCUGCUGGGUCAGGCGGGAGGAAAAGCGGGGCGACGCGGCUGCUGUGUCCGCUGCUCGGUGCGUGUCUCUGGGUUGCGGUAGCCGGAUACAAGCCGGUGGUGAUUGUCCACGGCUUGUUCGACAGCUCAGGGGAUUUUGUUAAUUUACUCCGCUUCAUCAACCAGUCUCAUCCUGGAACCAACGUAUCAGUUAUUGACUUGUUUGACCGAAGCGCCAGCCUACAGCCUCUGUGGAAGCAGGUGGAGGGCUUCAAGGCAGCUAUUUACCCCAUAAUGCAAAAUGCAGCCGAGGGGGUACACUUCAUCUGCUAUUCUCAAGGUGGGCUGAUCUGCAGAGGGAUCCUCUCCACGCUCUCCAACCACAACGUUCAUUCCUUCAUCUCUCUGUCCUCGCCUCAGGCCGGGCAAUAUGGAGACACAGACUACUUAAAGUACCUCUUCCCUCAGUUUGUGAAGUCGAACCUUUAUCAUCUGUGCUACACCUCAGUGGGGCAGAGGAUUUCCAUCUGCAACUAUUGGAACGAUCCCCACCACAGAGACUUGUAUGUGAACAGCAGUGAUUAUUUGGCAUUGCUCAACAGCGAGAGGCCGAAUCCAAACUCAACAGAGUGGAAGCAGAACUUCCUCAAGAUCAAGAAGCUGGUGCUGAUCGGAGGGCCAGACGAUGGCGUCAUCACUCCCUGGCAGUCGAGUCAGUUUGGAUUUUAUGACGACAACGAGACCGUCGUUGAGAUGCAGCACCAAGAUCUGUAUCUGAGAGACGUUUUCGGUCUGAAGACGCUGGCGGCUCGCGGGGACCUGAUCCUGUGCUCUGUACCCGGCGUCCAGCAUGUGUGGUGGCACUCCAAUGAGACCGUUUUCCACACCUGCAUGGAGAAGUGGCUGGAGUAGAGCGGCGAGAGCCACCCAGACGCUCACAUACACAGAUACACACACACACACACACACGUUCUGACUGUGUGUGAUAAGCUCUUACUUCCAGCGUGUGUGACAAAUCUCUGCUUCCACACCCGGUGUACAGUAUAAUUUCAGACAUUUCUCAUCCAACCCUUUAAAGUGGUAAUCCACGCAUUAUGUCUUUUUAUUUUGUUUUUCUUUCUUUUGUCGACGACAUAUUUGGUGAUACGCGGUUGCUGUAGUGUUUUUGCACUGCACUUCACACAUCACCAGUGUUUUAACAUCUUUUUCCUUAUAUAUGUUAUAUAUAUAUCUGGGCUUGGUUUGAGUUUCUUUAUCAUGCUAACUACCAAGCUCUUGUCUAUUUAUUUCCAAUGGACCACUGAUGCUGCUGCAAGAAACAUAAAAACACAUCACCUCCUGUCUGCCAGCGCGAUCUUCACAGCAGAGACACUUUAAUGGGCUGGCGAUCAGUCAGCGACACAAAGCGGAAGAAACCGACCCAACUGAGCCCACAUGCACAUACAUCUGUACGUGUGUAUCUGUGUGUGUCUGGUCCCACAUACCUCAGAGAGUACCACACCACACAACAGUGCCUGAGCGACAUUUUUGUCAUCGUCUUUGUACAGCCACACUGCCCUGCUCAUCUGGACAAUGCAGUGAUUUGUAUUCGAAUCCCAUGUGUUUGUUUUAACCCCAGACCUUUUUAAAACAUGCGCGGCUGUGAUGUAGAGUAUCAUGUUUCUUAUCCUCCAUCAUGCAGUGCUUUCAAGCUGUGCUAUGAGCUGUUCGCCGUAGUGGAUUAAGCCUUAAAUUUAGACUAUUUCCUUCACACCUCAGUGUUUUAUUUCCCAAACCGAAGUGCUAUGAUACACUGCCUUUAGUGACGGUGCUAAAGAAAGGAGAGAGAAAAAGGACAGAGCAGGGACCGAUACAGGAAAGCCAGAGGACGGCAGUGCUAUAGUCGUGUUUACCUGUGCACCAAACUAUCGUAUGUGACACUCUUUACCUCCCAUUGCAUUUAGAUAUCUCAGGCGUUUGAGCAGCAUCCUUGUUCGUCUGUCUCUGUCAGAAAGGGAAUGAUUCAUUUUACCCGUUUGAAGUUUGUUGAAUGUUUAUCGCUUUUGUAUUAUAGACAAAGAAGGGAAGUAUCUGUUGUUUGUCAAAGAACUGAAUUGUGAAUGAGGGAGUAUGCAUUGCACAACAUGGUUAUAGAUUUAACCAGAUAUGUGGAAAAAUUACGAAGAGGGAAGAUUUACUGAAAAAAAAAAACGUUUUAAAGCUGUUAAAUUUGCCGUAUUAGGAAUAUGUAUUUUAAUGUUGUUGCAUCCUUGGUUUCCUGUGUGCUUAUUAGACGUUAACAAACCUUAUUGCUGAAAAAUCGCUGCAAUUAAGGGAUAUCCAUGUCUGAUUGGUUCUCUCUGUCUUUACAGACAUUUUAACAUUUUUUUUUGUUUGUUUUGUUUUUUAACCUCGGAUGUUGCAAAAAGAAUCUACUAUUUUGCCACUGUGCACUACAGUUUCUACAAGAUCUACAGUAUACAGUCUGUCAUGGAAAGUUGUCAAAUGUCAGAUCCUCAAUAAAUAUGACAGUUUUGACCAGC